AUGUCAAUUGCGAGAAACCUUUUUUCCAAGCGGAUGUUUUCCACGUCCCAAUUGUGCCGACUUGAUGUAAUUCCUUCGGUGCCACUCUUUUCUGGAACCCCCGAUAACAAGUUUGAGCUGGCCAAAGAACUUGAAAAUACCCGUGCAAUUGUUGUUGGUGUUCCCGGUGCCUUCUCUGGAGGCUGCACCAAUACUCAUAUCCCCGGAUACCUCAAGACUGCACCAGAUUUCUUUGCCAAGGGAUACCACAAGAUCUAUUUCGUCUCCGUGAACGAUGUGUUUGUAAUGAACGCCUGGAAAACUCAACUGCUCAAUACCAUCAACAACGUGGAGAACUACGAGUUCCUCGCAGACCCGACGGGCGAGUUCAGUAAGACAGCUGGACUGCUAUUUGAUGCUACUGCUCUUUUCGGCAAUUUCAGAUCCAAGCGUUACGCUUUGGUUUUAGAUCAUGGUAAGGUCAUCAAGGAGUUUGUUGAACCAGACAAUACCUCCAUCACUAUCAGUGCUGCCGCCAACGUGCUACACGAGGCCCCUGGUUUGGAGUGA